AUGGCCGACGUCUCUGCUGCAACAUGCGAGGUCCUCUUUGAAGAGCCCUUGGGCAGAUACGUCUUGCGGGAAGUCCGAAGUGAGGAGGUCAAAGUGUUGGAUGCUGGUGUCUGGCGGCUUGCGCAAACGGAAGCUGGGGAUGCCUAUGUUGCCAAUGGCGAAAAGACGCUUUGGUGCGAAGAGCUUUUGGACAUCACUGUGCUACAACAUCCUACAAAACAGGAAGAUUGGGUUUGCUUGCCCGAUGGCACGGACAUGGGCUUGAAAGAGUUUCGCUGCAGGCAUCAUCGCAUAGAGGUCCCGUUGAGAGUCGUGGGCUGUGCGACAGAGAUGUCACUGCCUUGUCUCCUUUUGAAACAGAGCGUAGACGGUUGCAGACUGCUCUGGUCACUCACUCAUCUUCAUCGUCUGGUGCUGGGCAAAGCGGAGAAGAUGACGCCAUCGCGCUGGCUGCAUAGCUGGUGGCAGUGGUGGCUGAAGCUCGUCACUCGGUUCCACAUGGGCCCAGGGCAUCUACGAAAAGCAGCAGGGCAAGAUGCAGAUGACUCGGAAGUUUACCGCAUCUUUGAGGUGCCAGUUGUCAGCACGGCCAUGCUGUUACUGCUCAGUGCCAGAUUCGCAGCAGAUUCCCGCGGGAGCCAGAAAAAAAAUCAGCAGUCGAAGGAUGGCUGGAGCUCGGCUUUGGCGGCAUUGCUUGCGAAGUACGUGCCCGAAAAUGACCAUGAAAUCAGCAUCUUCUUGGACACAAGCGUAGUCUUGCGAAUGGGCAUUCAUUGUCGAGGUCGUCACUUGGUAGGUCUCCCUGUGCAGAACGGCUUAGUCGACUUGUCAGCUGUCUUCAGCUGCCAGGACGCUGCAGUUGGGAAGAGGCUAGCGGUCUUUGGUCAGGCCCCGCCUCGCAAGCUCACUCUUGCUGACGCUUUGGUCUGGCUGACGAACGGCGGGAAGCAGGUGCAAUGGCUUCUUUCACAGUUCAUCCACCGGCUCGCUUGCACGAUAGAACAUGCCAUUCAGGAGCAGUUUUCGAGAAGCAGUGCGACGCCGGGGCUUGCGGCUACAACGCCUUCAGGGCAGGAGGAGGAGGCCGAGCAAAUCGCAGCAGGACGUGAGCAACGCCAACAGCAAGCGCGACUUCGCAAAGCCCAGACCGGCAUCAAGCCCAUGCAGCCGAUGCCCUUACACAAGGUCCUCUUGAAGUACUUUUACGCCAUGCGGAAGAAGAUGGCGACCAGUCGAGUGCUCCAUGUCGCAUUUGAUGCAUCAAGGGUGGGAGGACUGAGCUCACUGCUGGGCUUCGUGACGAACGGGGCGGGCGGUGCAGCAUGGCUGCCGCCACAGGUGGUUCCCGACCUCGUGACGCGCACGACGCUGGCCCUUGCACACCAGGACGAGGAGGCGUUGGAGAGAGAACGCACGGAGUACGCAAAGCUUGCCGAGGAGUUUUUCCACUCUGCGGAGAAGUCGGAGAAGACAGUGGCCACGGGCGCAGGGUGGAAGCAGUUCCGCGCAUCAGGCUCCCCUGAGACAUGGCGCAGCAUCACCAUCUCACUAGACCAAGGCAGCGACGGAUGGUCUGCUGCGCAUUUUCUGUGCAGUGAGAAGGUGAAUGCCUUCAUCAUCGGUGACGUGAGCCACAGGACCUGGAACGACUGCCAACUGGCCUUGCACGACGUGAAGCUCAACUGGUUGGUUCUGAGUGUGAUCUGUCUUCUCAACAGCGACAGCGGCCCUUGGAACUCGGAGCGAUGGUGGCAAAGCUUGAAGCAAAGUGCGGACGAGUACGUACAGGUCGCCUCGCACAACAAGGACCCGCUGUACCUGGCCUACGAAGCAGCCAUCGUCGAGGAGCAGACCUCUGGCGAUGAGAUGGCCGAGGGCACGGCAGACCCGGAGCAGCUCUUCAACAGCAUUCCGGAUGCUUUUGAUCACAAGCAGCAAAAAGUGGGCAAGAGCAGGUGGUUCCAAGUCGCAGUUGCCUUGCGCCACUUCUUGCCGCUCCGAGCCAAAAGGUUGGUGGUCAGCUUGUACCUUUGUUUGAGCUUGUGUCUGUUCAAAAGCGGUCGCGCAGCUGACUUGUUGAAACUGCCCUCCGUAACGCUGGCGGCGACCCAAGACGUGCCGAAGACCAACACAGCCACUGAUGCAGAGGAUGUGCGCGAACUCCGCAAGCAAUGCCAGAACACUUUGUCAAUCAAGGUCACCAUACCUGGCCAAAGAGCACUGGAAAUCCAGCAUCUCAAGACGGAAAGCAUCGUGGUCGAGUUGGAGGAUGACUUGUGCCAUGCUCUAGGAAGCUUGGCUGUGAGCGUCGCCGGGCGGAGGCUGCGGACUUUGUCAGAGCUGCAGGGAUACCCUUACAAGUUUCCUGCACUUCUGGGCCCCGCUGCAUCGCAAGUGCUGCAGCAGAUGCGCCGUGAUUGGCAGCCUUGGCAAUCAAUCCAGGAUCUGAAAGGUGCUUUUUGGGAGCGGAUGCGGAAAAGAAGCUUCUUCAACCAGCUGAAAGUCUUGCAGAUCUUUCAGCUCGCAGCGAACGCAGAAUGGAAGAUGACAGAAACAUUGGCUCAGCUCAUCAGGCAAGACUGGAGUGGAAUCACCCAGACCAAGCUCAUCGAAGAUGGUGUGCGAGAGGGACGUGUGGCAGAGAUGAAUCCAGGUUUCAACAAACGAGUCAAGCCAGAGCGCCUGUACGAGAACCUCAUUAAUGGAGACGUUGCUUGCAAGAAGCAUCGCUUCUCGACCUUGGAGUAUGACACGGUGACCCUCCCUCGCGGUUUGGCCUCGAAGUCUGGGAAAGGGCUCUUUCACUCAGCUCCAGGCAAGAUUCCCAAGGAGUACAAGAAGGUCUGCAGUGAAAAGCAACAGGCAGACUACCACUCUCCUGCACCUAUAAUGGGAACCAUGCCAACAGAAGAUUUGAUUUUGGUGAGAUGGUGCCAAGAGAGGAAGCAGCUGCAUUUGGCGAGAUGCUGUUUUUUUGCUUUGCUUGUGGUGCCGAUGAAGAUGCUCAUACGUCACAAAUCGUAUGAGGGCGGAGCUUGGUUUUUGGCUGUGAGAAACUACACGGGCAUGUCAGUCAUGGCCUUGAAAUUGCAAGCAGUUCAACAUUCAGGUCAUUCCUUCUUUGCCUGCGAGACAGUGACUCGGCCCCAUUUCUUGCCCAUCGUGGAAACAGAGAGCUGGCAAUGCUGCAGCUUCGCCUUUCGAAGUCCUUUGUUCGUCCGUCUUGCAACUGGUGCUUGGUGCGUGUCGCAAGGCAGCUUGAUUCAAGCAACGUCUCAGCCCACGAGCUUGCUGAAACUGGCUGCGCAGAACAGCUUUUGGACACUUCCAAAAACUGCCCUAGCUACCAUUGGCAAGGAGGUCGGCGUGCAGCUGGACAAGUCUCGGCCUCUCGCUGAGCUCAUUCUGUGCUUCGCAGAAAGUAUCCUAGGCGCGCUGUCUGAUGAAGAAAAGUUGCGUUUGCUCAGGCUGCGACUCCCCAAAAAGGGAGACGUCGAGGAGUGGUUGCUUCAGCAAGAGGAUUUGGGAGAUCUGCUUGAGAAGGACGAUGCGGAGGAGUUGCAGAAGGAGCGUGAUGCCCACAAUACUGCGAAGGAGGAGUUUGGCCACAGUGUCCGGCAACUUGCUUCAAAAGUCCGACAUGCUCGCAAAGCAAGCCAAAGUUCCCGCAAGAGCUCAUCGGCCAGAGAAGAACCGGCAGACAAGAGACGAAGGAGGUACCCGAACAAGGUGCUUGCGAUUUGUGAGCAGAGUAGCAUUGACAGUUUGAAUAGCCUCGUUCCGUCAACCUGCCGCUUCGGAGUCGAUCGAAUCGACUACUGUUGGCGCUUGAGCGCUUAUGGCACUCGAUACGGCCGUUCUUGGCAACUUUACGGUGUAGAGGGUGCCGCCAAACAGCUUUUGAAGAUCGCUUGGCAGCUGGCAGUGGAAGCAGGGCACGAGGAAAGCUGUCCUUUCCCAGAGCUGGAAGUGCAAGUUGCCCGCUAG